AUGGCUGCCCCCUCGGACUACCAUGCCGACCAGAGCACCACCUACGUUCGAUCCUUUCCUUACCGCGACGAACGGCCAUCCCGGCUGCCACGAGUCCUUAUCUCCCCUCCUCAACUCGACUAUAGUCACAGCAGGCCAACUUAUCAUGUCUUGAGCACGCCAUUCGAGCUGAGGUCUGGUGAAUAUGGGGAUCCCGUGUUUUUACGAUCCUUGACUGCCUGCUACGACCUCAACAUGCGCCACUCGGGGCUUACGUGGCAAUAUGAAAUGCGCAGAACGGCUCAGCCCAUCCUCCCCUUUCUCUAUCUGGGUCCAAGUAGUGCUGCAAAAGAUCCAGAAUUCAUAAACCGCACUGGUAUCACUCUACUUGUCGCAGUCCGCCAUACCAGCUCAGUCAAAACCAGACCCAACCUGCCAGAUCCUGCCCUGUUCACUUCAAGCGCGGGGAUAUCUACGCUGACUCUCGACUUUGGGUCUCCCUUCGACUUCAUUCCCAGACUCCGCCCAGUCAUAAAGGCCAUCAAUGACCACCUGGCUGCAACAUGUAGCCAGACACCCUCACAAGGUAUGCUCGACAUCAGAGGCAGGGUUUUGGUCUAUUGCGAGUCUGGAAAUGAGAGAUCGAUGGUGCUGAUAGCAGCGUAUCUGAUGGUGAUGUUCGGCAUCGAUCCUGUAUCGGCCAUUCAUGUCAUUCAGUCACAACGUUACUCCGUCAUUACAUCCGCCGAAAUGAACAACGUGCUUUUUGAUCUACAGGAGAUCAUCAAAGCUGAACGGCAAGUUGCGGCAGCUUCACCCUCAGGGUUGCCUCCAAGACCUGUCAAGCGGAACAUCGACUAUAUGUAUGACUCGGAUGAUGACGCAGGACUGGAGUAUCAACGCUGUGAUAGCGCUCAAGUCAGGGAAGGAGUUGCUCCAUUUGCAGAUGUCGACGACUGGGUUGUGAAGGCCUAA